CGAGGCUGAAGUUGGCUUCCUAUUCUCCAGCUUCUCGUUCGAGAACAGAAGGCCAACUUCAGGCCCGUUGAGCAGCCCUGGACUUCACUCAGCGAACGUGAGAAGCUAAAGCUAAACUAGAGCGUGAACUGAAACCGCACCCCGCUGUAGCGCUUCAGCACAUUCGCCACUGGUUUUCAGCAGAGCAGUCUGAGCGCGCGGACUGUGAGACAGGCAGGCAGGCAGGCAGGCGCACACACAAAUAUACGGCUGUCUCACUUCACUUCAGCAUGGGACCAUGGAUCUGAAGUCCGAGUUGCUGAAGUCCAUCUGGUACGCGUUCACCUCGCUGGACGUCGAGCGCAGCGGGAAGGUGUCGAAGUCUCAGCUGAAGGUGCUCUCCCACAAUCUGUACACAGCUCUGAACAUCCCCCAUGAUCCUGUGGCCUUGGAACAACACUUCCAGGACAAUGACAAUGGGCCGGUGUCCAGCAACGGCUAUAUGCCUUACCUCAACCAGUACAUUCUGGCAAAGGCCACCGAGGGUACAUUCAACAAGGAGACGUUUGAUGACUUGUGCUGGAUGAUGACUGCUAAGAAGAACUUGAAGCCCACUGUCUCACAGGGGUUGUGUUCACAAAGAGACUGCUUCAAACUCUUCUGCCUGUUUAAUCUGCUGUCUGAGGACCGUUACCCACUUGUCAUCAUCCAGCCUGAGCUGGAGUACCUGUUGAAGAAGAUCUCCACUGCAAUGGGCCAGGAGUGGGAUAGUAAGCUGCUUGAGGUCCUGCUGGCCCAGGAGCCCUCUCUGCAGGACGGCCUAUCUGUAUGGGUGUUCCUGGAGCAGCUGAGCGCAGGACACCUCAUGCAAGUGGAUAGUAAGGAGGCCUUCAGCCUGGCCCUGGAUGAAGUCUUCAUGGAGAUGUACCACAACGUACUGAAAAAGGGUUACAUGCAGAAAAAGGGGCAUGUACGUAGGAACUGGCAGGAACGCUGGUUCGUUUUGAAGCCUGGCAUCAUUGUCUACUAUGUCAGUGAGGAUCAGAAAGAGAAGAAAGGCGAGGUGCAGCUAGAUGGGAGCUGUGUGGUGGAGACCAUCCCUGAUAAGGAAGGGAGGCGCUGUUUGUUCUGUGUGAGGACUCCUGGCAGGACUUACGAGAUGAGUGCUUCAGACCAGAAACUGAGACACGAGUGGAUUCAAGCUGUUCAGACAGGAAUCCGGCUGAAGGCAGAAGGGAAAAGCUCACUACACUAUGAGCUGAAGCUGCGCAGGCGAGAGACGCGAGAGCACAGCCAGAGCAUCAGCCAGAGCGGCCCGAGCAGACAGAACAGCCAGGGCAGCAGCCAGACUGUCCAGAGCAGACCGAGUAGCCAGAGUGAGCCCCCUGCUGAGGUGCAGCAGCCUAGCUCUGGGACACACCAUGGGGAGCAAGAGAGCAAGGAGCCAGAUGUAGAGAUCAUAGACAUCAUCCAACAACACCUGGAAAAGGAGGCACAGCGCAAAGAGGAGGAGGCGCAGGAAAAAGAGAAGCAGAAAAAGAAACAGCAAGAGCUGGAGAGACAGCUGGAGGAGGCUAACACAGCCAGGGAGAGCAUGGUGGCUGAACUAGCUAAAAUGGAAAAGGAGGUACAGCAGCAGAAGAAGAGGAUCCAGGAGCUGGAGCUCACUCAGCAGAAACUGGAGGAGGCCCUCAACAUGCAGAUUCAGGCCCGAUUGGAAGAGGAGAAAGUUCGACAUGAGCUUGAGAGCCAGCUGGAGGAGGAGCAGAAAAAGCUGACUGAGUUGCUGCUCCUUCAGAAACAACUGGAGACUCCUGCUCCUGCAGAGAAGAACCAGAAGGAGCUGCUGGAACCAUUAAAGGACGAGGAGCACAACCCCCUACCUAUCUCCUUAUUUUCAUCUUCCUCCUCUUCCUCUAUGCCUGUUCAAUCCUGCAAACCCCAGCCAACUUCCCACCCAGCCCCUCCACCAAUAGAAACAGCAGAGACCCACCGGUACAACCUGGAGAAAAUAUCAGACAGCCAUUCUAAUGCUCAGUAUAUGAGACAGUGGAAUGUCCAACUGAACCGCCUUAUGAAGCCCAUCACACCAGCAGAUAAGAUUGAGCGUAUGCCAGUGAAGACCAGCUGCCCCAAACACGGCCAGGCACUCACCAGCACAGAGUUCAUAAACAAAUACCAAACAACCAUCGCUCAGGAAACAGAGUUCUCCGACAGCCAGUCACCAAACAAAAACGAGGAGGCAGGCCCCCAGGAGCCAACCACUGCCUCUGAGGUGGAGGAACCCCAGAUGAGGACGAGUUGAAGAGAACAAAGUUUUAACAUAGUGAUUCAAAGAUGCCCAAGUUACACAGUGCUGUGACAAAAUAUUUGCCCUUUUCCAAUUUCUUCUGUUUUUGCAGAUUAUCACACUUGCAUGUUUCAGAUUACUUUUUCAGAUCAGACUUGCCUCAGUUAAGAUCAGUGUACACAAUUCCACAAUAAGAAAGACACUGGGAAAAAAUGGCAUCUGAAAUUGAGCGAGGGGCAAAUACUUUUUCAUAGCACUGUAUGAAAUCAUAGUGAUUUUUUCUGUUCUUUGUUGCAAACUUGCCAUGUCCUACAAAAGAAUGGAAUACAGUUAAUAAUGAAAUACAUAAAUUACCACCUUAUUGCACUUAACGAAGCAUUUAGUAUGGCCUGAUCCUUUUCUUUGCUAUUGUUCAAAAAUGUCAUACACACUGCAUAUUUCUUGUUUCAGUAUUUACCAGCUACACCAGCUAUUGUUUCCCUUUAUAGCUCUACAGGACAAAAUGAUACAGCCAACUCCAUCAGACUGUGAAUUCUAUAUAGAGCCAAUCUUCAAAGGGCUGAGAUCUUUUCUCUUUGAAUUAAAUUGGCUUGCUCCGUUCCUCUGGUAUUGGUUAGUAGUACUUGUUGUUUGUGAUUCUCUGAAUGUCCAGUAGAUGGGGUGCUUGUUCUGGGAUUUGUUGUGAUGUGACCUGAAAAUACCUCUUAGUGUAAAUGUUCUAACUAAUCCUUUGCACAUUCAAAGCUUUUGUGCUUCUUUGCAUUCUUUUUUUCUCAUCUGGCUUUACACUUGAGUUAAAGGGGAAAUCCACCAAAUGUUCAAAAUUCCUGCAUGAUUAAAUGGUUAAUAUGUACGCAAAGUCAUUCAGAGUGGUUUGAUAUGAAAUGCUUCCUUUUAGAGAAACUAGAGAAAGUCAGAAUUGUUCACGGUGGUGUUGAUAGGAACCAGACAUCCCGGCUGGUUUGUAUUGUUUGUAUUGUAAACAUCACAACUCCUGGUUCAUAUCACCACCACUGUAAAGAAAUCUGUAGGUUUCUCUACAGUGAACCAUUUUACAUCAAACCACUCUGAAUGACUUUAUUUUCAUCUCAGUGGUUAAAUUGUAAGCAGUGAAUUUACCCUUUAAGUCAAUAACACAUUACAGAACGAGUUAUUUUUCUCCAGUUACUUGUUUCCUUAAAAAUAUCGGCUAGUGAAACAACAUAAGCUGCCCAGGUACUGUAGACUGUAAGAAUAAUUAUUAAACAGUGAAAGCUUUGUCAACGUCUUCUUUGUGCUGCUGAUAAUGUUUUGCCCAACAAGUGCCAAAUCAAACCCUUCCAGAAACGGGGAUGCCCCUCUUUAGUGCUAAAAAGUGAAAAUAAUGGUGCUGUCUAUAUUUGGCUCUGUGGAGGCUGGCGAGUAAGUGGGGCUCAGUUUGUGGCUGGGAGACAUCACUGUGGAGAAGAUGAAUGAUGUCUUUCUCUGUUGGUUUUGGGUAGUAAUCAAUAGGCUGCCUGUAAAUGAUCUUUGAGAAAUAGCCAUGGCUGUGAUUUUUCCAAAACGGGAUCUUUUCCGUUCUGGGUUGGAAUAUUUCUAUCUAUAUGCGUACAGACUGAGUGGCAUUGUAGAAAAUCUACAGACAUUCAGUGGCGCUUGGAAUCUCCCCAACAUUUGCCUAGUCUUGUUAUAUAUGUUAUUUUUAACCACUGAUAGCUCGCUUUUUUCUCAUGUGCCUGGAAACUGUAAGGACACUGUGGAAGAUGUAUUACCCUAACUCAGCAUUAGCACCAGCCUUCACCACACAACCACUCUGUGGCUUUGUAGCUCAAACUUACAAUCUUGGAAACACCAUGUGCCAGUUGCAAUCCAGUUUAGUGCUUUGAGCUAAAGAGACAAGCUUUGUUUUCACCUCACUGUGUCCAGGAGGACCAAAGUAUCUGUCUUGUGGUGGGUAUAUUCAGUAUGGGAACAGUGGUAUUCUGUGCUUUAAUGCUGUGCUGUUCUGUAAUUAGUGUCAGCAUGCUGUGCAGUGAGUGUAAUAUUGCUGUGUCAUAAACCAUGAGUCAGCAGUUAGCAGAUUUUAAAGGGUGAAUGUCAUGGAAAAAAGUGUUUUCCUUUCUUUUUUUUAAAUAAAAAAGCUUGAUGUGCAGUACA